GAGGGAGAGGGCGACCACGUUCAGCUGAAAAACAUUUUUCACACUCUCACAGAUCGCAUCGUAGCUUUUUUUCCCAAGUUCGUUUCUUCUUCUUCUUCUUGUUGCGGGAAAAAAAACAACUUGUGGGAAGAAACCCAUCGAGAGAGAAGUGAAGACGACCGAGCUGCAGCCUUUCUUUUUUUUUCGUCCUCUUUCUGUUUUUCUACCCGAGCCAUUGUUUGGAUACGAGGAGAUGAAAUCGGACGUGUUUCUUCUUCUCGCUUGGACUUGAGUUGUGUUUCUUGAGGUCACUUGGAUCUGUAAGGGGAGAGAGAGAGAAAGUCCCCCCCCCCAACCCUACACCCACCCACCACCCCCAUUCCUGAGCAGCAGCAGCAGCAACAAACACGGGGGCCACAAGUUGUCCACAAGCUGCGGGAGGAGGAGGCGAAACUUUGCCAAGUUUUGUGCGCUGCGCAUCCGGCCACCGACGCCAUAAUUAUCCAUCGAUAUUUUACCCGUCCGCGGUAGUGUCGCAACUUUAAAACUGUGGAUUAUUGUUGUCGCGAGGCUCUUCACCAUGGACCACGGAGAAUUCCGGGGAUGAGAAGGGAGUUUUCUACGACGCUAUAUCCAUAUAACAGAAGUGAAUAGCUGCUCCGAGCCUUUUGCUGUUUCCCCCCCCCCUGUGUGUGUGAUCCUUCAUCCAACAUGCCUCAGCUGAACGGAGGCGGCGGGGACGACCUGGGGGCCAACGAUGAGAUGAUCUCGUUCAAAGACGAAGGGGAGCAGGAGGAGAAGAUCUCCGAGAACGUGUCCGCGGAGAGGGACCUGGACGACGUGAAGUCCUCCCUGGUGAACGAGUCGGAGAACAACAGCAGCUCGUCGGACUCCGAGCAAGCGGAGAGGCGCCCCCAAACCAGAGUGGACUCGGACACUUAUGAGAAAACAAGAGACUACUUCAGUGAAGCCCUGAGGAGGCAGCAAGAUGGAGGCUUUUUUAAGAGUCCUCACUAUCCCGGCUACCCGUUCCUCAUGAUCCCAGACCUCUCCAACCCAUACCUAUCCAACGGAGCGCUGUCCCCCAGUGCCAGAACAUACCUGCAGAUGAAGUGGCCUCUUUUGGACGUUCCCGGAUCUGCAGGACUAAAAGACUCCCGCUCCCCAACACCAGGACAUUUAUCCAACAAAGUCCCAGUGGUGCAGCACGCCCACCACGUCCACCCACUGACGCCGCUCAUCACCUACAGCAAUGAACACUUCUCCCCCGGCACGCCGCCGUCGCACCUCUCCCCAGAGAUCCUCGACCCAAAGACAGGUAUCCCCCGGACACCUCACCCAUCAGAGCUCUCUCCAUACUACCCCCUGUCUCCCGGUGCUGUCGGCUCCAUCGCUCACCCUCUGGGUUGGCUCAUGUCACAGCAGGGCCAGUCCAUGUACUCCAUCCCUCCGGGGGGAUUCCGUCACCCCUACCCAGCGCUAGCGAUGAAUGCCUCCAUGUCCAGCUUGGUGUCCAGCCGUUUCUCCCCUCACAUGGUGACUCCGCCCCCGCACGGCCUCCACCAGACGGGCAUCCCCCACCCUGCCAUCGUGUCCCCGGCCAUCAAGCAAGAGCCAGGCGGUGACCACCACGGCUCCUCGAUGCAUGGCAGGAAAUCCCCUGUUCCUCCCAAGAAAGAAGAGGACAAGAAGCCUCAUAUCAAGAAGCCCCUGAAUGCUUUCAUGCUGUAUAUGAAGGAGAUGAGAGCCAAAGUGGUGGCGGAGUGCACUCUGAAAGAGAGCGCUGCCAUCAACCAGAUCCUUGGAAGACGGUGGCAUUCCCUGUCGAGAGAGGAACAAGCCAAAUAUUACGAGCUGGCCAGAAAGGAGAGACAACUCCACUCCCAGCUCUAUCCAGGAUGGUCAGCACGGGAUAACUAUGGAAAGAGGAAAAAGAGGAAGAGAGACAAUAAACCAGACUCAAAACCAGAAGACUUCUCCAUAAGAAGCAAGAAGCAGUGUGUGCAGUACCUGCCCUCGGAGAAGAUGUGUGACAGCCCGGCGUCGUCCCACGGCAGCAUGUUGGACUCACCAGCCACUCCCUCUGCGGCCUUGGCCUCCCCCGCCGCGCCCGCCGCCACUCACUCCGCCGAGCAGGCGCAGCCGCUCUCGCUCACCACCAAACCAGAAGGACGCAUGCACCACCACCACUUCUCCCUAGUCGGCAAGGCCUCUGGAUCCACAUCUUCUUCUUCCUCCUCCUCUUCUUCCUGCUCAUCUCAACCCGCCAUUUCCAUCCAUCAUGGUUCAGGUAGCCAUUCGACUACACCCAUCCUUUCUCGGCCAAUCCCCUUCUCCUCCCUGCACCACUCCAUGCUCUCCCCACCUUCCCCUUUCCAUCAGGCAGCCCUUCACUCCCAUCAUGCCCUGUUCCAGUCGCAGCCCCUGUCCUUGGUAACCAAACCAACUGAAUAAAUCCGCAAAGGCAAUUUCUCUCCCAUUUAUUGUGCUGUAUAUUGCUUUUCUUUAAAAUAGAUAUUAGAACAACUUUUUUUCUAAAUGAUGAAAAGGAAGAAAUGUUAUUGGUCAAUAUUUGACUGCCUCCUUUUCUACAUCUCUCAAUGAAACAAAGUGUAUUUUUUGUAAAGUUUACUGCAGAACUGGUUUCUUUUUUUUUGAUGCAUUUAUCCAAUGAACCUCUUGUAUAAAAGAACCAAUGUACAUAAAGUUUCUUUAUAAAAACAAAAAGGAACAAAAAAAUGUUUUCUUUUUAGCCAAAACCUGAUUAAUGUUAGUAUUAAGUUUAAGUCAUAGUACUGGCCAAUAAUUGCAGCCCCCCCCCCCUUUUCAAUUCACGAGCGUGUGCCCCUU